CAGCACAGUGGAAAAUGACAAAAGGAGUAAUAGUACCCGGAGCGAAGGCAUUGACGUUGUGGAAUAUCUAGUGUAAACGAAUUCAUCCAAAUUUGCACGGAUACAAUGGGCAGCGCUCAAUGAUCGCUAGUCCUUGAUAACAUGGGUGUGGAAGAAUAGGACUGCAACUAGAAAGGAUCAAAUAUGGCUGCUCAGAGAAUCCGGGCUACGAAUAACAACAACGUUCUUCCUCGCUGUAAAUCGGAAGGCACCCUCAUCGACUUGAGCGAUGGGAUACCUGAGCCAAGCUUCAGUGAUGUCAAAGUGCCUUCUCCGAGUGCCUUACUUCUGGAUAAGUCUGCCUCUUUUGGAAAUGCACGAGAAGUUGUUGCCAUCAAGGACUACUGCCCCACCAGCUUCACAACUUUGAAGUUCUGCAAGGGAGACCAUCUGUAUGUGUUGGACACCUCCGGAGGAGACUGGUGGUAUGCCCACAACAAUACUGAAAUGGGCUACAUCCCUGCUGCCUAUGUCCUGCCGGUCAAUCAUCGCAACUCCUCUCUCAGCGACAGCGGGAUGAUAGACAACCCCGGGGACAGUGCCGAUGAGGGAGCCAAAGAACUUGACUUCCUUGGGGAGUGGACGGAGGUCAUCACAAAGCAGUCUACCAAGACGUACGAGAACAAUCCCUUUUUGAACCGUUCCUCCACCAACCCUUUUCUCAACGGGGUUGUGCAGUUACCACUUGAUCAGAACAGUAUCGGGCAGAUAGGGUUGAAAGCGGUGGACUUGCUUCUCUUUGACUCCCUUUCCCCCAGCUCCUCCACCACCAACAGUUUCAGCAACAGCAUCUUUGACAACACUCCCUCUAGUCCUAAGCUGGAAGUGUGCCAAGCGCUAAGGCGGGACAAUCCCUUCUUCAGGAGCAAGCGUUCCUACAGCCUUUCGGAGCUCUCUAUCCUCCAAGCCCAGUCCAAUGCCCCUCCGACCUCCUCUGGGUUCUUCUCUGGUUUGAAAGCCCCAGCCCCAGAGCAGUUCCAGAGCAGGGAGGACUUUAGGGCAGCUUGGUUGAAUCAUCGGAAGCUGGCCAGAUCUUGCCAUGACUUGGACUCCCUCGGCCAGAACCCAGGCUGGGGUCAGACGCAACCAGUGGAGACAAACAUAGUGUGCAAACUGGAUAGCUGUGGUGGGGCUGUCCAGCUACCAGACACCAGCAUCAGUAUUCACGUACCUGAGGGCCACGUGGCUCCUGGAGACACCCAGCAGAUCUCCAUGAAAGCCUUGCUAGACCCACCGCUGGAGCUCAACAGUGACAAGUACUCCACAGUGAGCCCGGUGGUGGAGAUCAAGCUAAGUAACAUGGAGAUCAAGACCUUUAUCACCCUGGAAAUGAAAGUGUCUGUGGAGGUGAAGAAGGACAGCAAAAACACAGCAAAUGUUGUCUGUGUUAGGAGUGAUUGCAAAGAAGGGCCUUACUCUCCGAUACCCCAAGCAUACAUCUACGGGGACACUGUGCAGGUGCAGCUAGAUAACUUGGAGCCCUGCAUGUAUGUAGUGGUGAUUGUUCAAGCACAGAAUCUUACUCAACCCUCAACAGUAUGGGAUCACGUGGUGAAGAAGGUCACUCUUGGUGUGUAUGGGCCUAAACAUAUCCAUCCCUCUUUCAAAACCGUGGUGGCUAUUUUCGGGCAUGACUGCGCACCCAAGACCCUGAUGGUGAGUGAGGUGGGGAAGCAGGCCCACAGUGCCCCGCCAGUGGCCCUACAGCUAUGGGGGAAGCACCAGUUUGUGCUCGGGAGGCCACAAGACUUGAAAAUCGGAAUGUAUUCCAAUAUGUCCAAUUACGAGGUCAAAGAGAACGAGCAAGCCAGGAUCGUACGGGGGUUCCAGGUGAAGCUGGGGAAAGUGAGCCGAUUGAUUUACGUGAUCGCUUCCCGCAAUGCAGAUGACCUAUCGGACUUCACUCUCCGGGUUCAAGUGAAGGAUGACCACGAAAGCAUCCUUGCUCAGUUUUGCGUACAGACGCCUCAACCCCUGCCAAAAACAGGGGUACGCACCACAGGGCAGAGGAGGUUCCUCAAGAAGAAAGAGGUAGGGAAGAUUUUACUCUCUCCACUUGCUGUAACAACGAAAUAUCCUAUGUUCCAAGAUCGAUGCAUCACUAGUUUGAAGUACGGCAAGCUCCUCAAGACCGUGAUGAGGCAAAACAAGAACCAGUACCUCUUGGAGUACAGGAAGGGAGAUGUGAUUGCGUUGCUUAGUGAGGAGAAAAUCAAAUUGAAAGGACAGCUGUGGACCAAAGAGUGGUAUAUAGGGUACUAUCAAGGCAAGAUAGGACUUGUGCAUGCCAAAAACGUGCUGGUGGUCGGCAAAAUCAAACCUAGUUUUUUUGGGUCUGAUCUCACGACUACAAUGCUGCUGGAUCAGAUUUUGAAACCUUGCAAGUUCUUGACAUACAUCUAUGCGUCAGUAAGGACGAUGCUGAUGGAGAACAUCGGCAGCUGGAGGGCAUUCGCCGAUGCACUGGGCUACUACAAUCUGCCACUGUCGUUUUUCUGUCGGACUGAUUUGGACAGUGAGCCGGAAAAGGUGGCCUCAGUGCUGGAGAAGCUGAAGGAGUAUUGCAACAACGGCGACGACAAAGAGAGGAAGUCCUUCCAGAAGUACCUCAUGACAGCCUUGCUGAAGAUAGACUGCCAGGGCCUGGUUGCCCGGCUCAUCCAGGACUUUGUGCUGCUCACCACGGCUGUGGAGGUGGCUGCAAGGUGGAGGGAGCUGGCAGAGAAACUAGCCAAGGUCUCUAAGCAACAGAUGGACGCCUACGAAGCUCCUCACAGAGACAAGAACGGGGUGCUCGACUCGGAGGCGAUGUGGAAGCCCGCCUAUGACUUCCUACUGACCUGGGCUGCCCAGAUGGGGGACAGUUACCGCGAUGUGCUCCAGGAACUCCAUGUGGGGCUGGACAAGAUGAAGAACCCCAUCACCAAGCGCUGGAAGCACCUGACUGGCACACUCAUCCUCGUCAACUGCCUGGACGUCCUGAGAGCUUCAGCCUUCAGCCCGGCCGCACAGGACGACUUCGCCAUUUAACACCCCGGAGCACUCUGCCAGGGACUCAAUAUUCAUUUACUAUUUCAAACAUUUUAAAAGCCUUUUUUUUACCCCUUCCUAAAGAUAUUUUUUUGUUCCCCUACCAUUUUCUAAUAAAUCCUACUGACUGAACAAAGUACUCAGAAUGCCCAUUGCACGGCUCCAUCUUUAUUUUAUUAUCUGACUUGCACAGGAAAAAAAAAACAGUGAAAAGUUGAAAACAGUGAAUUAGUGACGAGCCCUUAUACAGGACAGUAUAGCAGUGAAUUAUCAAAUGGUGAAAUACCCAGGGGCCACGUGUUUCCAUCAAGUAUUUGGGACAAGUCCAGACCUGGGAGUUGGUCUGCUUUACCCCAGUCGGACUUGCAUUUGCUUAUUAAAUAUCUUGACAUCCCUGAAUAAAUAAUCACCAUGUCGCUCAACCAGUCUGUUAGUCAGUUGCUGUUGCAGAAACACAUUUUUUGGGAGGGAUAAAAUGAACUCAUGUCCUAAGUUUAGAAAUAAUAAAGAACUUUGUUCAAUGACAGACGGUUUGAUGGGGAGUCUGUCUCAGUGGCAUUGAAGACUAGGGGGUGCAGGUACUCGAAUAAUUAGCUUUUUAAGAGGUAUUUGUCGGCAGAUGUUAAAUUAAUCUAUUUAUUAAUGUGGUGAUUUUCAAAACAAGAAAAGCUUACCUCCCCUCACAUUUACAUUUGAGUACCAACCAAUGGCAAUUAACUUCCAGAGUGUUUUAAAAGCCAAUUAGAAUAAAAUGUUCCUAUCACCCUAGGUGCUGACAUUUUAACUGUCGUACUACCUUAUCGAGGCUGUAAACUGACCAUGAUAUGUUGCAAAACUAGCAAGUGCACCUGAUUCAUGACGUACAUGUAACCUUUUCUUUAACCUCAAGAGCUACCGCUGUGGAAACGGAUAUGUAUUUCUUUGAGUUUAAUUGGAGAUUACAUUUUGCCCCGGACUACAAUCCCACGAUUCACUCUAGAGAUGACACAUUUCUAAAACGAUUUCCAAAAAAAAGAUUUCCCAUCAAAAUUGAGACAGGUCAGACAAAUAAUGGCUUCUAAAAUCUAAUUGAGUUUUAGAUAAUUUGGUUACUACAGGUUCUAUAUUAAAUCACACUGUCAGCUUGUCAUUGAUUGAUACUCAAUAAUUGUGAAAACAAGGGAAACCGAGGGAACGCAUUAUUUUGUGUUGAGCAAUUAACAUGCUUUGUUCCAUUUCAUUAAUACCUAAUUACAAAUUUCUUAAAGAUAGUUAAUCUGAAAAUACGAGUAUCAGCAUGCGCAUAUUGAAGACCUUGAGAGAGACUUCUAGUCAAAACAUUUGCCAUUGAACCUGUUAAGUUUCUUUUUGCAUUUCUGCAUCACUGGUAAAUUCUAUUCAGGGAAUAUGGGAUGGGUCGCUCUUUAUCAAACGUGUUUGAAGAGGGACAAUUAUCUGUUCAGAGGAUCCAAUAUAUUUAUUGAGUAGUGGGGUAAAAUGGAUCCUACUACCCUUAGACAUUCUGCAGUUAUUUAUCAGUAAAAAUACUUGUCAGAUGCUCAUAAUAAUAUACAUGAAGAAAUUCAUAGAAAAACAUGAAAAAAAGUCAAAGUUCAAUUUUCUUUUUCAGUACACAUUUGUUGGUUAUGUGUGUUAUUCUUUUUAAAUCUGCCAUCCAUUUUGUUUUACUGGUGAUGUUACCUUCAUAAGAACACUCUAGAAGGAAGACGAUCGAACAGUUCACGACAAUGAACUGGUUUUUACAACUGCGUAUUUGUAUAUUUUUGUACUGAAUCUUGCUUAAAAAAAUGAAUUAAGAUUUUUUGACCUUUUUAGGCUGUAUGCUUUUUUUACUAUUCCUGUGAUAGCAGUGCCAUAAACUAUAGAGAAAAAUAACAUUGAGCCUUUCUGAUACUUCUGUAGCCUCUGUUUUAAAGCUUUUUUUUGGUACAAAUUACAGAGAACAAAAAUGACAAUCAGUUACAUUUUCUACAAGAGACUGGAGAUGAUUGCACUAGUAUGUAUAACAGGAACCCCCACCUAUAGUUUUGACAUGUACAUAAUUUGUAAGUUGUGAACAUAUUGGUUUCAAAAACAUUUACAGCUGUUUUAAAUUGUAUGAAUUUUGCUUUGUUUUUUUUUGUGUUUUUUGAAUAUACAUUGGUACAAACCUUGCUGGCGUCUUUACUUACUGGCUUGCCCUACACGUGUACUUUGGAAAGGCGAAAUUAAUGCAGUACAUUGUGUUUUGUUUCAAUGCAGUCUACUGUAAAUAACUUGAUCUUCAGAAACAUGGCAAAUGUAAGGUGUUACACGCUAGUCAUAAAUGUAGGAUGCAAAUACCAAAUGGGGGGUAUAGAAUUUGAACACUCACCUAGAGAAAUAACUUUUUUUUAGUAGUCCACACUAUGGGCCCCAUUUAUCAAGACUUUUAAAGCAAAAUGCACACUGCUAAUGUUAAAACUAGUACCAUACAACUCUGCCAUAUUUCUGUAUCAUUAAAUGAACCUUUUAUCAAGCUCAGAAAACCCUGGGACCAUAAACUGAUUAGACUGAAUCAUGGACUACAUCUACAGUAGUCAAGGGGGCACGAUGUAAACUGGAUGAAAGUACCUGUAUUGCACAUCCUAUUUCUUAUGCUAUAGUGCCUUUGAUGAAGGCUGUACGAGUGGUAGUUGACCACAACUCGAGUUAUGUAUUCUGAACGUGAGGGCGCUACUGAAUGUCAAAGUCAACUACCACAUGGUAGCGCAUUCCUUGAGGGAACUGUCGCUAUUAGGAAACGAUUCUUUAAAUAAACACUUUAAAAUUACCUUGA